AGAAAAGGCAUGGUAUCCUUGAGCUUUUGUACCUACGGCCAUGGGGGGAGGAGAUGCAGGCGAUGCAACCUCGAAGACCAGGGUCGUGGUGGUCGGCGGGGGAGUCGCCGGGGCGAUCCUCGCCAGGUCCAUGCAGUUCCUCGCCGACGUAGUCCUCAUCGACCCGAAGGAAUAUUUUGAGAUUCCCUGGGCAGAAUUGAGAUCAAUGGUUGAGCCUGCCUUUUCAGACAGAUCACUGGUUAAACACACUGAUUACCUUACUAAUGCAAGAGUCAUAACAUCUUCGGCAGUCAAUAUCACUGAAAACCAGGUUUUGACAGCAGAUGGCAAUUCAGUUUCCUUUGAUUAUCUUGUCAUAGCCACUGGUCAUGCAUACUCAACUCCUACAAGCAAACAAGAAAGGCUCGAGCAGUUUCAACAAGAUAAUCAGAAGAUUAAAUCUUCCCAGUCUGUUUUAAUCGUUGGAGGUGGUCCAUCUGGUGUUGAACUUGCUGGAGAGAUUGCAGUUGACUAUCCAGAUAAGAAGGUGACUAUUGUUCACAAAGGGUCAAGGGUACUGGAAUUCAUAGGGCACAAAGCAUCUAAAAAGACAUUAGAUUGGUUGAUAUCAAAGAAAGUAGAAGUGCUUUUAGAGCAGUCAGUUGAUCUGGACUCCAUUUCAGAGGGAGAUGGAGUAUAUACCACAUCAACUGGACAAAAGAUUUCAGCUGAUUGCCAUUUUGUUUGUGUGGGUAAGCCACUGGGAUCAUCAUGGCUCCAGGAUUCUGCUCUCAGGGAUUGUUUAAACGAGAACAGAAGGCUGAUGGUCGAUGAAUACUUAAGGGUCAAAGGUCGAAGUAAUAUCUUUGCCAUUGGAGACAUUACCGACAUUCCUGAAAUUAAACAAGGAUUCCUUGCGGAGAGACAUGCCACAGUGGUCAUCAAAAACCUGAAGCUGUUAAUGAAGGGAACCAAGGAGAAUAAGCUGGCAAAAUACAAAGCUGCAUCUCCUAUGGCAAUUGUUUCUUUGGGUAGAAAAGAAGGAGUGGCACAGCUCCCAUUCGCAACAAUUAUUGGAUGCCUGCCUGGUCUGAUCAAGUCCAAGGAUUUGUUUGUGGGAAAGACCAGGAAAACUCUGGGGCUGGUUUCUAGCACUUGAAAGCAAAGUUAAGAGAUUGUGUGUGCAUUGACUGCUAAGAGGAAUGUUUGGUGGUUGUAUAUCACUUUUGUUCAUGUAUUGUUUUCUGUAAUUGUGCCAAUCUGAAGAUAUUACAUAGACCUGAUUUGAAUAUUAUCAUUUUAUUUCACAUGAAAAUGUCAAUGGCUACCUGAGAUGAAAUUUCUGUGCUUUUGACA